GAUUACUGGAGCUGCAAAUGAUUAUCUUUGCAGUAUGAUAUCAGUGCCGGAAGAAGGUGUGGUUUUUGUGCUUAAUUCAUAAUUUACCUAAAUUUUACGUGACAUAAUGGCUGGAAGAUUGCCUGCAUGUGUCAUCGAUGUUGGAACGGGCUAUACAAAACUGGGGUUUGCUGCAAAUAAAGAACCUCAGUUUAUCAUCCCAUCAGCAAUUGCGAUUAAGGAAACUGCAAAAGUUGGUGAUCAAGCUAUUCGCAGACUGACGAAGGGAGUAGAAGAUUUAGAUUUUUACAUUGGAGAUGAAGCUUUUGAUGCUACUGGAUAUGCUGUAAAAUAUCCUGUUCGUCAUGGUCUGGUGGAGGACUGGGAUUUAAUGGAACGAUUCUUAGAACAGUGCAUCUUUAAAUAUCUACGUGCUGAACCUGAAGAUCAUUAUUUUCUAUUAACAGAACCUCCUCUAAACACACCAGAAAAUCGUGAAUACACUGCAGAGAUAAUGUUUGAAUCAUUUAACGUCCCAGGACUAUAUAUUGCUGUACAAGCUGUUUUAGCUUUGGCAGCCUCUUGGGCAUCACGUUCUGUUAGUGAACGCACGCUCACUGGAAUAGUUGUGGAUAGUGGUGAUGGUGUUACACACGUCAUACCUGUGGCAGAUGGGUAUGUAAUAGGAAGCUGUAUAAAACACAUUCCUAUAGCAGGCAGAAACAUAACCUAUUUCAUCCAGUCUUUGCUGAGAGAACGUGAAAUUGGAAUUCCACCUGAACAGUCUCUGGAAACAGCAAAAGCAAUAAAGGAGCGUUAUUGUUAUAUUUGCCCAGAUAUUGCAAAAGAAUUUGCUAAAUAUGAUUCAGAUUCAUCAAAAUGGAUGAAGAAAUAUGAAGGCAUCAACUCUGUCACAAAACAACCAUUUGUUGUGGAUGUGGGCUAUGAGAGGUUUCUCGGACCAGAAAUAUUUUUUCAUCCUGAGUUUUCAAACCCUGACUUUACUAUGCCACUUUCCGAAGUGGUGGAUACUGUGAUUCAGAAUUGCCCUAUUGAUGUACGAAGGCCUCUCUACAAUAACAUUGUGCUUUCUGGAGGUUCCACUAUGUUUCGAGACUUUGGAAGACGUUUACAAAGAGAUAUUAAACGAACAGUUGAUGCCAGAUUAAAAUUAAGUGAAGUGCUCAGUGGUGGGAGAAUAAAGCCAAAACCUAUAGACGUGCAAGUGGUGUCACAUCACAUGCAGAGAUAUGCAGUUUGGUUUGGCGGAAGCAUGCUUGCAUCCACACCUGAAUUUUACCAGGUUUGUCACACAAAAGCAGCUUAUGAAGAAUAUGGGCCAAGUAUAUGUCGCCACAAUCCAGUUUUUGGAACUAUGACAUAAAUAAUGCACAAACAUUUUUAACAGAGAUAAUUAUUUGAAAAGCAGCAGUACGAUAAAGGUGAAUUUAUUGUCGGAACAGUGAAUUUGAGUUAUUCUUAAUUGACAGCCAAAUCCAGUUUAAUUAUGUGGAUUGCUUAUUCAUUGUGAACUUGAAGAUUUAUUUUGGCCUACUUGAUACUGUCUGUUCCUGUCACUAAUUGUAAGGAUGUGUAAUUCAAAACAAAGAGGAAUUUGUUUUUUGUAUUUAAGUAUGUUGAUUGAUUUCAAAGUUUUGUACUCAUAUGCAUGGAAAUGCUAUUGUAAAAACAAAAAGCUACUAUUAUGAAAAAAAGUUGCUUUUUUAUAAUCCUCCAGGUUUUUAUUAUUUACAAGAUAGCUUGCAUUUUUGCUUUAAUAGGCCUUGCUCAUGUGUCAUCAACCACUUUUUGUAUAGUGUAUGUAAUUGUGUUUAUAAUAUUCCAAACAAUUCUGUUGCUUGUUCAGCGAAAGAAGUGUUAUGGAGGGAUCUGAUGCAUUUACUUUCCAGGACAGACGGCUGAAGUUAAUGAGAAAUGUUUACACAAAACUUAAAGCAUUCCUUAAAGAUGUCAUAUCAUAAUGUUGUUGAAACAUAUAGGGAGAAAAUGUAAUUUAUUCUUUGUCACAGCAUGAGAUACAGAAUUAUAAACACGUUGUUAAAACCAGGAAAUGUUUCCUUUUUUCUGGUGAAGUAAAAUAAUAAAUAUGAGUUUCAUAUUUGGUGAGCAGUUGUAGUUAUAUCUAAUUUACUUUCUUGCUAAAUACUUUGAACAAUUAAAAAAAAAAAAAUCUUUCGAGAAUACUAUAAUACUUGGAAGCCUCUGCAUCUCCUGUCAGCUCAUUAAUCUCAACAUGGGUAAUAAACCCCUUAGAAUUGAUAAUUGAAGGAAAUACGUCAAUGUCAAGCAGGUCCCCACAGUCCUUGAUCACAGAUCUAUAUUACAGUGGUAACCUGCAUUAUGUAUGGUCGCAGUAAUGCAUUGCAGAGCAGCCAUUGCUCGCUUCCCCCUCCACAUACAGACAAAAAGCAGUCAAAGACGAAGACAAAAAAAGAGAGGAAUUUAAGUAGAGGUUCUUGGUGAAGAGAAGAGGGGAGUGAGUGAGUUUUAAGGGUUUGAAGAAUGGGAGGUGCACACAUGAAUGUGUGCCUAGGGAAGGACAUUGUUUGUGUAAUGAUAAUUUGUUUUGUUCCUGUGCCUGUCAAACCCUCAACUAUGAGGCAUUACAUUUAUUCCUACUCUUAUCCUAGUGUAGACAAAUUGACUCCUAUGGGAAUAGUGAUUUAUUGUUUAGUUUGUUCAUUAAAAACACAUUUGUCCAA